CACUGAUCCAAGUACAGCUGUAGUGGAUGGUGGACAUGUCAUAAUCGCUAAGAUAUUGCAUUGUGCAUUACAACGGUACACAAUAUCACAACGCGAACACUGAAACUGGCCAUCACACUUUUUUUUUCUUUAGUUGUGGGCAAGCAUAUCAACAUCUUCUCCGUUGAACGGCCUGCUUCAUCUAGGUCAACUUAGCUCAACUUUGCUACUCUGGGUCCCGUUCCUCUUUAUUUAUAGGCUUAUACCUAUAGGUACCAGUCUAGUGGCUAUAGGAUUCGAUUAGAUAGUACUUACCUCACCGUUUGUCGUUUGUGUCCGCCCAAUUCGAACCCUCGAAACCUCAAAACCACAAACCUCGGCCGACCGACACGAAUGCCUUGUGCUAUCGCUCUCCCCUAAUAAAUAUACUGCCAUCAUAACGUCUCUUGCGACACGAACAACCCAACUAUUUCUUUUUAAACUUGCACCGACCUGACAUCAGCCUCUCAUGUCGCAUAGCUACGAUGUCGGUACGAGAGUUUGGCAGCCAGAUGUCACCGAGGGCUGGGUGGCAUCUGAGGUUGUCAAGAAGACAGUAGAUGGUGAUAAGGUCACUUUGGUCUUCAAGUUAGAGAAUGAAGAGACCAAAACGAUAACGCUCUCUGCGGAGGCUUUGCAAAAUUCUAACGACACCACGUUACCCCCGUUAAUGAACCCUGCCAUGUUAGAAGCCAGUGACGAUUUAACGAAUCUAUCUCACUUGAACGAACCUGCAGUGCUUCAAGCAAUCCGUCUUCGAUAUGCGCAGAAGGAAAUCUACACAUACAGUGGUAUAGUGUUGAUAGCCACAAAUCCCUUUGCUCGAGUCGAUUCUCUCUAUGUCCCGGGCAUGGUCCAAGUAUAUGCUGGCAGGCAGAGGGAGACGCAAGCCCCCCAUCUGUUUGCCAUCGCCGAGGAGGCGUUCAUGAAAAUGAUAAAAGAUGGGAGGAAUCAAACUGUCGUCGUAUCGGGAGAGUCUGGUGCGGGAAAGACAGUUAGUGCGAAGUACAUCAUGAGGUAUUUUGCUACAAGAGAAUCGCCAGAUAAUCCGGGGAGCCGAUCUAAGAAAGGUGCCGAUGCUAUGAGCGAGACGGAAGAGCAAAUUUUGGCGACCAAUCCUAUCAUGGAAGCAUUUGGUAACGCCAAAACCACCCGAAACGACAACUCUUCGCGAUUUGGAAAGUACAUAGAAAUCAUGUUCGACAGCAAGACAAACAUUAUUGGUGCUAGGAUUCGGACGUACCUCCUCGAACGGUCACGACUUGUGUUCCAGCCCCUAAAAGAAAGGAAUUACCACAUUUUCUACCAAUUUUUGGCCGGAGCGACAGAUAAAGAGCGACAGGAUCUAACCCUCUUGCCGGUAGAGCAGUUUGAUUACCUUAACCAGGGAAACUCGCCUACUAUCGAUGGGGUAGACGAUAAAGCCGAAUUCUUAGCUACCAAGAGCUCCCUCAAGACUAUCGGUGUCGACGAGACUCAGCAGUCGGGUAUCUUCAAUCUUCUAGCUGGUCUACUGCACCUGGGCAACGUUAAAAUCGGUGCCUCCAGAACCGACAGCGUCCUAGCUCCCACGGAGACCUCUUUAGAGCGUGCUUGUGCUAUCCUCGGAAUCGAUAAUGUAAAUUUCGCCAAGUGGAUUGUCAAAAAACAACUGGUUACCCGUGGCGAGAAGAUCGUUUCAAACUUGACACAGCAGCAGGCUCUCGUCGUACGAGACUCUGUUGCUAAAUAUAUUUAUUCAAGUCUUUUUGAUUGGCUGGUGGAGGUCAUCAAUAGGAGUCUUGCAACUGACGAGGUUUUGAGCCGUGUCUCCUCCUUCAUCGGUGUCCUUGAUAUUUACGGUUUCGAGCAUUUUGCCAAGAACUCUUUCGAGCAGUUUUGCAUCAACUACGCCAAUGAAAAACUACAGCAGCAGUUUAACUCUCACGUGUUUAGGCUGGAACAGGAAGAGUACGUGAGGGAACAGAUAGACUGGAAAUUCAUCGAGUUCUCUGAUAACCAGCCAUGCAUCGAUUUGAUUGAAGGGCGACUAGGUAUUCUUUCACUUCUCGAUGAAGAGUCUAGGUUACCUAUGGGUGCGGACGAGCAAUUCGUCACCAAGCUACACCACAACUUUUCUGGGGAUAAGAACAAGUUCUACAAGAAGCCUAGGUUUGGCAAAUCCUCCUUCACCGUCUGUCAUUAUGCCGUCGAUGUCACAUACGAAUCGGAGGGCUUCAUCGAGAAGAACAGAGAUACAGUGCCCGAUGAGCACAUGGAAAUUCUCCGUGCGACGACGAACAAAUUCCUUAGCCGAGUGCUCGCCGCAGCAUCCGCCGUCCGUGAGAAGGACGUCGCCUCUUCCGGCUCCGCAGUCGCCAAGCCUACGGCAGGGAGGAAGAUAGGAGUUGCUGUUAACCGCAAGCCAACUCUUGGCGGCAUCUUCCGUUCUUCACUUAUCGAGCUUAUGUCUACGAUCGGAAAUACCAAUGUUCACUAUAUUCGUUGCAUUAAACCUAACGAGGCCAAGGUCGCGUGGAAAUUUGAAGGUCCCAUGGUUCUCAGCCAACUGAGAGCCUGUGGUGUCCUCGAAACUAUCCGCAUUAGCUGUGCUGGUUACCCAGGACGAUGGACCUACGAAGAAUUUGCUCUGCGAUACUACCUAUUGAUUCCGUCGAGCCGAUGGCAGACUGAGAUCAGACAGUUGGUGAAGGAGAUUCUCGGCCAGGCGCUCGGUUCGCUUACCGGCACUGGAACCGACAGCUACCAACUCGGGUUGACCAAGGUCUUCUUCCGUGCUGGUAUGCUUGCCCAUUUGGAGAACCUCCGCCAAAGCCGUAUGAGUGAGGCUGCUAUCUUGAUCCAGAAGAAUUUGAAGGCCAAGUACUACCGCCGUAAGUAUCUUGAGGCACGAGAGGCUAUUGUCUGCUUCCAAUCACUCGCCAGAGCUCGCGGGAUCAGAGUCAAGGCUCAGGAAUUGCGUACCGUCAAAGCUGCAACAACUAUUCAAAGAGUAUGGAAGGGGUCAAAGCAACGAAAGGCGUUCCAGCGGAUCCGAAGCAGCGUUAUACUGGUACAGGCCGUCGCCAAGGGUUACCUGCGGAGAAAGGAGAUUAUGGAAACCCGGGUUGGAAAUGCUGUCAUUCUCAUCCAGCGCGUGUGGCGAUCAAGGCGACAGGUCCAGACAUGGAGAAGUUACCGCAAGAAGGUUACCUUGGUCCAAAGUCUGUGGCGUGGAAGACAGGCAAGGAAGGAGUACAAGACAAUGCGCGAGGAGGCUCGCGAUCUGAAGCAAAUUUCCUACAAAUUGGAAAACAAGGUUGUCGAACUUACGCAGUCAUUGGGUACUAUGAAGUCCGCGAACAAGACCCUCCAGAGCCAGGUAGAGAACUACGAAAGUCAAAUCAAGUCCUGGAAGAGCCGUCACAAUGCGCUCGAGACCCGGACGAAGGAGCUUCAGGCGGAAGCCAACCAAGCUGGUAUUGCCGUAGCCAAGUUACAGGCCAUGGAAGAAGAGAUGAAGAAGCUCCAGCACAACUUCGACGAGUCUACUUCAAGCGUCAAACGCAUGCAAGAGGAAGAACGGGAACUGAAGGAGUCUCUGCGAACCGCCAACGCCGAGGUGGACCGUAUCAAGCGGGAGAGUACUCUCCACGAAAACGAGAAGAUGACCUUGCGGGAGCAACUCGCACAAAUGUCCGAGGAGCUCGAGUUGGCCAAGCGAUCUGCGCCAAUCAACGGAGAGAUCAUCAACGGCAACGGCGUUGCUCCGGUCAAUGGUUUGAUCAACCUAGUAUCCUCCAAGAAGCCGAAGCGACGAAGCGCGGGCGCAGAACCCAGCGGAAUGAUGGACCGCUUCAGUGCCGCGUACAACCCCCGUCCAGUAUCCAUGGCUGUUACCAGCGGAGCCCACCGUCCUGGCGCUGGCUACGUUCCGGGAGUCGACACUAUCGAAAUGGAAUUGGAGAACUUGCUUGCUGACGAGGAUGGCUUGAACGAUGAAGUCACCCUGGGUCUAAUUAAGAAUCUGAAGAUCCCCUCGCCAAACACCAACCCGCCACCAUCAGACAAGGAGGUUCUCUUCCCCUCUUAUCUCAUCAACCUCGUUACCUCGGAGAUGUGGAACAAUGGCUUCGUUAAGGAGUCGGAGAGGUUCCUGGCCAACGUUAUGCAGUCCAUCCAGCAGGAGGUUAUGCACUACGAAGGAGAUGAUGCAAUCAACCCUGGUUCCUUCUGGCUAUCUAACGUGCACGAGAUGCUCUCGUUCGUGUUCCUUGCUGAGGAUUGGUACGAGGCUCAAAAGACAGACAAUUAUGAGUACGAUCGUCUGCUGGAGAUUGUCAAGCACGAUCUUGAGAGUUUGGAAUUCAACAUCUAUCACACUUGGAUGAAGAUUCUCAAGAAGAAGCUACAGAAGAUGAUCAUCCCGGCUAUCAUUGAGUCUCAGUCUCUUCCCGGCUUCGUCACGAAUGAAAGUAACAGAUUCCUCGGCAAGCUACUGGCGACGAACUCGCAGCCUGCUUAUAGCAUGGAUAACCUUCUAAGUCUGCUUAACAACGUCUUUAGGGCGAUGAAGGCUUACUACCUGGAGGACAGCAUUAUUACUCAAACCGUCACCGAACUUCUCAAGUUGGUUGGCGUCACUGCCUUCAACGACCUUCUCAUGCGGAGGAAUUUCCUAUCGUGGAAGCGUGGUCUGCAGAUCAACUACAAUAUUACUCGAAUUGAAGAGUGGUGCAAGAGCCACGAUAUGCCCGAAGGCACCCUACAGCUUGAACAUCUCAUGCAAGCUACAAAGCUCCUACAGCUUAAGAAGGCGACUCUGAACGAUAUCGAGAUCAUCCAAGACAUCUGCUGGAUGCUCUCCCCCAACCAAAUUCAGAAAUUACUGAACCAGUACCUCGUCGCCGAUUACGAGCAGCCCAUCAAUGGAGAAAUCAUGAAGGCCGUAGCAUCGAGGGUGACGGAGAAGAGCGAUGUUCUUCUGUUGGCAGCUGUCGAUAUGGACGACAGUGGACCGUAUGAGAUCGCGGAACCCCGAGCAAUCACCGCCUUGGAGACGUAUACGCCGUCUUGGCUACAAACACCCCGACUAAAGAGGUUAGCCGAGAUAGUAUCUGCGCAGGCCAUUGCUCAACAGGAGAAGAUGGAGGCCGACGAGUACGACGGUGAUGGUGAACUUGCGGAGGUUGACGAAGCCGAGGUCGAUAUCGCGUAGAGCCGCAAUAUCAGAAGAAGCUUCCGGCCAUUCCAAAUCGGAAUUGGGCGCCUCCCCUUGACAAUGCCGGGAUCAAGAAAACUCGGGCGGGUAGGGGUAUCAUGCGGGCAGGUCGAUGUAGAUUUAAAGCAUCCGACAUCACCAAGUCCCAUGGACAGUAAGUAGCACUAGGGCAGCUUGCUCGGAUUGGGACUCGAGCCAAGACGGGCACACAGAUUUAAUGGAUAUCAAGGCACGAUUGAACUAGAAGACUCACGCGGACCAUGGACGGGGGCGUUUGAUGUUUGCCUUUUUUUGUCGACGACUUUUUUUAGACCGGGUCCGCGUGUGAAAUGAGGAGAGUGUACUAAAAAGAGGAAGAAGAUACUGUAAAGCAUCUAGCUAGGUGUAUGGGUUUGUACAUGCGACGAAGAGACCACGCACACAUAACACACAACACAGUCUUGGGGAGGUUUGGCCAUUGUCUAUUCUCUCCACACAACAUCUGAAUUACGAGAUGAUUCCCAGCUCGAUAUUCCAUAUUCAGUUGACAUUUACAUCC